AUUAUUUAGUAUGCCGUAACCUGCACACCCGAACGUUACGAAAAUUGACCCCCCCCCCUGCAUUUCACUUCCGCUUGAGGCUAAAUAUUUUGCAAUUGUCGACCUUCACAAGUAACUUGAAAGACACUCGUUUCUCGUGCUUUGUUUCUAGCUUGGGCACAUAACAUCCCAAUCAUGACUCUGUCCAAGUUUGCUGACACAUUGCCAGAAGGAUUUGGCUAUGUUCUCCUCACUGGUGUUGGAAGUUUAUUUGUGAACAUGUGGAUGGCUAUCAAUGUUGGAAAGGCAAGGAAACAGUAUGAAGUGAAGUAUCCACAACUCUACCACUCUGAACCGAUGCACAAGUUCAAUUGCAUUCAGCGGGCACAUCAAAACAGUCUUGAGAACCAGUCAGGCUUCCUGCUCCUGCUGUUCACCAGCGGACUACAGUACCCCAAAAUCUCUGCAGCUGCUGGCGCUGUAUAUCUGGCCGGAAGGAUUGUUUAUGCCCUUGGAUACUACACUGGUGAUCCUGAAAAACGCAGAUAUGGAGCCUUUCAUCACAUUGGUGAGAUAGUCUUGUUAGGAGGAACCAUUUCCCUGGCAUUCCGUGUGCUCAAGUGGUGGCCAUACCAUUAAAAACAUCAGGAAGUGACUUUACAGAUGCGGAGACGUCUCCAGUGACAUUAGUUAGUGAUGUGAAAUUUCCAAGGUUGUUAACAACCCGCACCCCAAAGGGGCAUUUUUAUUUACUGUAUACACAUUAAAUAGUGUGUGCAUACAUUUUGAAGAAACUCAUUUACGUCGAAUGCCAUACUUUCAUGUACUAUUAUCUUUAUACAGUUACUACAUUAAAUGAAAUUACUUUUGA